AUGUCGUCAGUUCAGUUCACAGCCCUGAUACGUCUCCCGUUCAUCCGGGGUGACUUUGAAGAUCCUCCGCAGGCGCAAUGGGAUGCUGAGAGAGACCGCCAACUAUGGAAGGUUAUUUCCAAGUCUUCCAAGACCAGUGAUCUGAACUGGGUCGAAUUGGCCGACAAGUUUCAAGUUCCACCAACCUUUCUUCUUCAGCAAGCUGCAUGGCUAUACGAGCGACAUCUAGACCACGUUCGUAACCAAAUGAAAAAAGUCAGCAUCUCGAAUGCUGCCCCGUCAUCUUCGCCGACUGGUGGUAGCACGCUGACUGCUGUGGGUGGGGUUGCGAUGCGAAGGGGUGGUAGUGCCGGAUCUGGAGCUGGGAGGACCACAUCCGCGUUAGCAGGACGCUCGAAGGACAGUCCGAGUCUGCGUGGCGCAGAGGUGGUUAUACCCGCACCUUCGCUCUCGAGGACACCGUCUACCACCACGAUCACUCAAUCCCGGGCACUUACUCAAGCACCAGCUCGAACUUUGUCUACACGCUCUACUCAGCGACCUAACUUGACAAGUAGAAGGUCUGAAGAUCGGGCGAAUGCACCAAUCUCACCACCCAAUUAUCGAAAUCACGAAGCAGCAUCUCCAGACAUUCCCGAUUCGUCGUCCUCGAGCUCAUCAUCGCUAUCAGAUACUGAUCAUCCAGCGCAUCGAAGCCAACUCUUUAAGCGCCCUCCGCGUUUCCAGCAGAAGAAACCGCGAGAGCUUUCGACGUUUGAGGAAGGAGACGGAACGCAAGAGAUUGACGAUUCAGGCUCACACGAGACAAGUCUACCCUUUGCAACCGUCAAGACACGACCCAGCAAUAGCAAGUACGCGCAAGACUCACGCUUCCGAGCUAGUAGCAGCAAGGAGCAAAAGGUUCUGCAACCUGCCCGCGCAAGGAAUGCUCCGCCCGUCAGACAAACGUCUAUGGACGUACAGUCGAUCGCGACCACAGAGACGGCGUCGUCAAUGACCAGCUCUGGCGGUCCUCCCUCAGCGGCAAAGAGUCCUAUGAGCCCUGCCUCGGACCACCGCGCGGCGCUAGGCCGACUCGGUAGUCCACGACGUGGAGGACUGCGAUCCAGAAAGGAAGGUAGUGAAGGCACGCCGAGUAUGGGCAGCAGCUUUAGUGACAUCGAUGAUGCAGGUAUCACUCACAUAGGUCUAGUUGCCGACGCGAUCGCUUCUCGCUCGUUAAAGCCCGUAGCAAUGCCGCCACCACCCAUCAUCCUAGUAACAGACCACUCCACCACUCCCCCAACAGCCACACGCUACACAUUCGGCCGCAACGACAUCGAAUUCCCCAUCGCUUACAGGCGCAUCAAAUCCCUGCUCACCCACCCACCAUGUCCUCACCACCCUCAAUACCUCUGGCCCUGCGACGCCUGCGAGUCCGCCUUCAUCACAAAAUACUGGAAAUGCGCUGCCACGCUCCUCGACUACUUCGCAGACUUCCACCCCAUCGACACGCCCCUCAUGCAAUCGAUCUGGUUUUACCUGCUGGAUAUCUGGCAAGAAAGCGCGCACAUCCUUCCCUACGAAACCGUACUUGACGAAACCAUCGAACACAGCGCCGCACUCAUUGGCGUGGCGCGCGCCAGAGACUUUGAGAAAGCAGUCCGCGACACCAUUACUUUGUUUGAAGUUACGAUCUGGGGCCGGAGAACAGAGGCGGAUUCGUGGGAUCAGGUUAUCUAUGAUCCGAGGGGUGAGGCUAUGUGUCCUGUGGGUGAAUAUGACACAGGUCCCUGGGUUAGUGGUGUGAAGCCCUGGAACCAGUUUCUGGGCGAGGGAGGAAUGGGUGUUGCGGCGCCGUGGUCUGCUGCUGCUUCAACUCCGACUUCACAAGACAAUACAAACGGAGAUGGAGGUGAAGCCAUGAAUGUCGAAGAAGAGAGAACAACAACACGCUACAUCCCCCACCCCGCCAUCGCCCUAAUAGAAGGCCACACCGCGCGCUCCCGCCUCCUCGCCAAUUCCUUCUACGCAAAACAAAAGCUCACACCCCCUCAAUACAACGCCGCCCUCGCAGACUACGAAGCACACACCGUCGUCCUGCCUUCCAAGCGCGGCGAGCCCCACACAUAUACCUCGCGCUUCACGGGCCGCGAAACUACAUACACGUUAUCCAACGGCGCGCCGCCGAUCAUGCGCUACGAGGGGCUCGGCGACCCGCAGUUGGAACUUGCGGUUCCGGACGGAGAUUGGAAUCUGAUGGAUGAGUGUGUGGCUAGUUGUAGGGGGGUUACGGCGUAUGUGGGUGUUAGUGGGGCAGAUGAAGAUGAGGAGGAUGAGGAUAUGGUGGAUAGUGAGGAUGAGUUGGUGCCGUUUGAUAUGUGGACUGUGGUUGAGAAGGGAGGUGGAGGAGGGGGACGGGGCGAGGUGUUGGAUUUGGGAGGCACUGGAGGUAUGUUCGAGACUUGGUAUGCGGAGGAAUGA